UUGAUUAUCUACAUAACUCUAAGCCGUUGUUAUGCUCCAUACAACAACGUACACACAUAUCAUGGACUGGUUCUCACAACGAACCCGUCUUUGUCCUUGAUAUCAAGCGAAGAGACUCCGAGAUAAUAAAAAAGGAGAAAGUGGCAUUUCCGGAGCACAAUGGAAUCACCGCCGGAUAGUCCCGUUGCGCAGAGCGUCCAGACGUCGCCCGAGCGGGCUUACUUCCCCGCGGGGCCCAAGUCCCUCGAGGGCAUUGCGAUUCGGUCUUUUUGCCUCGGCAUAGCGCUCGCCUUGUCCGCAGUCGCUAUGAUUUCGAUCCUGGUCUUUACGUCCUCGCCGCUGUGGCGCGUGCCUUUCUUCAUCGGCGCGCUGGCGACGUUCCAUUUCCUCGAGUUUUGGACUACUGCCAGGUACAAUACUCCGGUCGCGAAUAUCGGCUCGUUCUUGUUAACGGCGAAUUGGCCGGCUUAUGCUAUUGCGCAUACGGCGGCGUCGCUUGAAUGUCUCUUCACUAAGCUACUGUUCCCGAAUCGAAAUUGGGCGCCGCUCUAUAGUGGGCAUAUCAUCUUGCUGUUAGGGUUCAUAUUGGUGUUUGUGGGGCAGUUCGUCCGCAGCGCGGCGAUGGGCCAGGCUGGACAGUCGUUCAACCAUACUAUUCAGCAGCGCAAGAAGGACUCUCAUACCCUUGUUACCUCGGGUAUUUACUCAUUUUUCCGCCAUCCGGCGUACUUUGGGUUUUUCUACUGGAGCAUAGGGACGCAGAUGGUCCUGGGAAACCCUAUCUGCUUUAUAGGCUACACGGUUGUCCUAUGGAAGUUCUUUUCUAGCAGAGUAAAGCACGAAGAGGCACUGCUCGUUCGGUUUUUUGGGGAGGAGUAUAUAAAUUAUAAGAGCAGAGUUGGAACCAUGAUACCAUUCGUCGGAACCUGAGCGGUCUGCCUAGGUUCAUAAGUAUAAUUCAUGAAUACACAAAGGCUCUUUUCUAGGACAACUCCAAGACAGGGUUUGUGGAAUAAUUUGUAGACAAAGAAAACCAAGAACACCCACUUGAAGUACACAGAAUGAGAUGUGACAACAUUAUUGCGAGUAAAUGCUUUAUCUCGAUGGUUAAUGCAGUUGAGCGAUUCUGAUAUUAAAACCUGGUAGUUUUAGUCAGGUACAAAAGUCGGGUACCUGAUGAAUAGAACCCGGUUUAUGAUAUGGAAG